GUCUUUGUGACGCGGCGGCGGCGGAGACGACCGCGGACACAAAGGGAAAGGCGAGGAGGCGAACGAGGGGCUGGGCCUGUCCCCGCCCCGCGACCCCCGCCCACCGCGCGCGCGUGCUCGCUCGCUCCCCUCGCUCCCCUCGCCCCGAUCUCCCCCACGCGGGCUCGCACCCUCGCGCGCACCCCUCGCGCUCCCGCGAACGUCGCACGCGCCCGGACCCCACCGACUUCGUCCCGAGCGCGGCGAGCCGGGGGGCCUGGCUGGUGCUGCGGGUGGGGCGGGGGAUGCUGAAGGGUUCUUCCUGACGGGAGCAGCGGCGCGGCUGCUCGGAGGCGCCCGGGGAGCGGCGGGGCUCUCGGCGCGUGGCUGGAUGCCCCGGGCCUGCGGCUCCCUGCACUUCCCGCCGUCCAGGGGCGCCAGUCAUGGGCGCCGCGACCGCUGAGGCGCCGCUCCGGCUGCCUGCCGCGCCCCCACUCGCCUUCUGCUGCUACACGUCGGUGCUGCUGCUCUUCGCCUUCUCUCUGCCCGGGAGCCGCGCGUCCAACCAGCCCCCGGGUAGCAGCGGCGGCGGUGGCGGCGGCAGCGGCGGGGACUGUCCCGGCGGCAAAGGCAAGAGCAUCAACUGCUCAGAACUAAAUGUGAGGGAGUCUGAUGUCAGAGCCUGUGAUGAAUCCUCGUGUAAAUAUGGAGGAGUGUGUAAGGAAGAUGGAGAUGGUUUGAAAUGUGCAUGCCAGUUUCAGUGCCAUACAAAUUAUAUUCCUGUGUGUGGAUCAAAUGGGGACACUUACCAAAAUGAGUGUUUUCUUAGAAGAGCUGCUUGUAAGCACCAGAAAGAGAUAACAGUAGUGGCCAGAGGACCGUGCUACUCCGAUAAUGGCUCAGGAUCUGGAGAAGGAGAAGAGGAAGGGUCUGGGGCAGAAGCUCACAGAAAACACUCGAAGUGCGGACCCUGCAAAUACAAAGCCGAAUGUGAUGAAGAUGCAGAAAAUGUUGGGUGUGUAUGUAAUAUUGAUUGCAGUGGAUACAGUCUUAAUCCCGUGUGUGCUUCUGAUGGGAGUUCAUAUAACAAUCCUUGUUUUGUUCGAGAGGCAUCGUGUAUAAAGCAAGAACAAAUUGACAUAAGGCAUCUUGGCUAUUGCAAAGAGACAGAUGAUACUAGUUUGUUGGGAAAGAAAGAUGAUGGACUGCAGUAUCGACCAGAUGUGAAAGAUGCUAGUGAUCAGAGAGAAGAUGUUUAUCUUGGGAACCACAUGCCUUGCCCUGAAAACUUGAAUGGUUUCUGCAUCCAUGGGAAAUGUGAAUUCAUUUAUUCUACUCAGAAGGCUUCUUGUAGAUGUGAAUCUGGUUACACUGGACAGCACUGUGACAAGACAGACUUUAGCAUCCUCUAUGUGGUGCCAAGUAGACAAAAGCUCACUCAUGUUCUCAUCGCAGCAAUUAUUGGAGCUGUGCAGAUCGCCAUUAUAGUAGCAAUUGUCAUGUGUAUAACAAGAAAAUGCCCCAAAAACAAUAGAGGACGCCGGCAGAAGCAAAACCUGGGUCAUUUUACUUCAGAUACGUCAUCCAGGAUGGUUUAAACUGAUGACUUUUAUAUGUACCCUGACCAUGUGAUAUACAUUUAUUAUGUCUUUUUUUAAAGAAUGGAUAUAUUUAUUUCAGAGGCCUUAUUUUUGGACAUUUUUAGUGUAGUCCUGUUGGCUUGUAUUUAGAAUAUUCUGCUAUAACAGGUUUUGGACUGUUUAGUAGUCUUUGUUUUAUGUUUUUAAAUAUGAAAAUUGAUUUCACAAAUUUGUACCACAUGGUAAUUCUAAGACUUGUUCCUCCCCCAUGGAAUGUAAUAUUUUUGCAAAAAUGGACCACUUCACAAAUGGUAUAAAGUCAUACACUUUUCCCACAGUGACCACAGCCAAUGACGAAGCAUGAACUAAAGGUAAAGAUGUUUACAGAUUACUUUUCUUACAAAGAAAAAAAUCUAGAGGACACUGUGUUUAAAUAGAGAUUUAAAUGUUUUUGAGAUUUAGCAACUGAUUUUUUAGACACUGCCUAUUGCAUGAAUUAAGGAGCUGUGUGUGUGUUAGAUGUAAAAUAUUUAUAAGAUGUAUGGACUGGAAUUUGAUUAUGCUCUUUGAAAAAAUAAUUCUAAUAAUCUAAAAGAGUAUCUGGUAGUAAUGAUGGGACUGAUCAUUGAAUGGUAGAUUUAGAUAUGGAAAUGGGCUGUUUGGCAAGCAGACGGGAGUGAAGCUUACUACAUCAGUUGGAAUACUUUCAUACACAUUCAUUUUUAAAAAAAUCUUUGUUUAACAUGAACAAAUUGUAUCAGUGUUUGUGAAUAAAAUGCAAAAAUGAUUAUUCAUGAUUGGUGCUCUUACAGUGAGCUUAACAGUUACUGAAGACCUCUAUCCAAAUUUGUCUUGUAGUAAUAGCUCUAUUAAUAGAUUGUUGGUGUUUAAAAUCUGAAGUGUGAGUAGAAUGUAAUCAGCUGUUUAACUUGUAGUUUGUAUAUUCAAAACAAUGCAUGUAGAAUUUAAGUAAUAUGUCUAAAAUAUUAAUUUUAAUAUUUGAUUUCGGAAAAGCAUGUUAUAAUAUAAUGUUUUCA